UCUGGUAGGUGCUACAAACAGACCUACUUAUGAGCUGAUAUAAGCACUUAGAAAUUUUCAGAUUUCUGAGAACAAGAAGUCUGAGAGAAUAGAAAAAGGGAAGGGAAGGCUGUGUUUUUACCGUCUCAUAACAGAGAAGGCAAGUUUGGGGGUCUGUCAGACUGACGGUGUCUGUGGUAUCUGAGCUCUGAGGCGGGAAGCGCUGACUGAACGCCCGGGCUGAGGCGGCAGGUGCCUGCUGGGUGGCGCUGCGCGUCCCAUGCUGAUCCCUUCCCGGCUCCGGAGGGGCCCCGCAGUCACCACACGGGGCCGAAGUCCCUCCGCCGCCCCGUUACCGGCUGUGGCCCCCUGUGGGACCGUCUGAAGGGCGGGAGGCCCGCCGGGGUGAGGCCGCCAACGGCCGGGGCAAGGCGGGCCAGGGCGGGCCGGGGCGGGAGGCGGCUCCCGGCUCAGCCACCUCCCCUCAGGUCGCUCAGCGGGGCCCCGCCGUUGCUAAGGGGCCCGUCAGCGCCGCUUUCCCUUCGGCGGCCGCUGCCCGCGGCCAUGGAUAGCGCCGGCAGCUGCUCCGCCGCCUCGGUGCUGGCCGAGCUGCAGUGGGACGAUGGCUACGCCGUGCCUAUGGCCAGCGCGGAGAACAAGGCGCUGGAGGACGAACUGCAGAAGAUGCAAAAAGAAAAAAUGAACCUGCAAAAUCAGUUGACUGACUAUGAAGAGCGUAUAGAAGCAAUGGCGUCUCAUUUGAAAAAUGUAAAACAAGAGUUCACCUUCACUCAGUCUCUUUACAAAGCCAGAGAGAAUGAAAUUGAAACUGAACAACACUUUAAAGCCCUUGCUGAAAGAGAAUAUGGACAUCUUAAAAAUGAGAUUAAACAAAUGGAAGAUGAGAUAGUUGCCUUAAGAGAAAAGAAAAACAGUCAAGAAAAUACUAUAAAUAAAACCACAAAGAAGUUGGAAAGCUUAAAACAACAGAUGAACUGUGAUGAGGAACUUCUGGAGAGAUGGAUAAAGGAAUCAAAUCGUAAAUAUGAUGAUGCUGAAGCAAUCCAGAAGUAUGCAGAAAAAGAUGAAGGGAAAAUAGGCGCACUAACCCUUCAAGUAGAAAAGUUAACCAUGCAAGCAAAUCAGAAACGCAGAGCUCUUGAUAAUGAACGUACAGAAACCAUAACUGCUCAGAUAGAGCUUGACAAGACAGCUGAAGAUUUUCGCCGAGUUCACCAGGAAAGGCAAGAAGUCAUCAGGCAGUGGGAGAAUGCAAUACAACAGAUGCAAAAAAGAGAUCAACAGAUUAAUCACUGUGCUCUGCUAAUAACAGAGAUAAAACAAGAGAUGCGAAAGAAAAGAAGUGUGCUGAAAGAGAAGACUUCCUUUUUAAUGAAUGAAACUAAUAAUAACAAGGAAUAUGAAAAGAAAAUUUCAUUUGCUAAGCAGGAAGCUACUAGCCUCCGGAAAGAAUACCAAGCUCAGGAUACUUACAGAGUUCAGCUGGAGGAUGAGCUGGACAUUUUGAAAUCCAAUGUGGACAGAACUGCUUCUGAUUUGGAGUCUUUAAGAAUACAAGUAACCAAUCUGAAGAAGGAAAUUCAGAAAAAAAGCUCCAGAUUAAGCUUUCUUAAAGAAAGAAAUGCAGGUCUUUCCAAUAAGCUGAAGCUGGUGACUGAGAAGACACUCAGUUCAGAAGACAAUGUUUUGAGGAUGGAAGAAAUGCUAAAGGAAGAAGAGAAAACUGUCAAGGAAAAGGAAAUGGAACUGAACAAGUUAAAAGAACAAUUUUUCAAGAAAACUCAGGAGUUAAAGGUGCAGAAGGACAAGGAGAAGUGCGCUCUGGCAGAAAUUGAGGGAUGUCGAACAUCACUUAAAAAUCUUAAUAGUCGUCUGCACAGACUUGAUGCAGAUGCACUAAAACAACAGGAAUUAAUGUAUAACCAGGAUUUUUAUAUUCAGCAAGUACAGAGACGGCUGUCACGGUUAGAAGGGGAGGUUAAUGCAGAAGAAAAACAAGUUCUGGAAGCAAAAAUUGCUGAACUUAAGAAAACCUUAGAAGAAAAGAAAAACACAUGUGAUGUUUUACUUGCACAGCGUAAGAAACUUCAGAGUGAUGUCCAGUUUAUCAAGAGAGCAAUGGAAAAGACUGGAGAAGAAGCAAAUGGUCUGAUGAUCAAGAUAAAUGAACUAAAUCUUUUCAAUGAGAAAUCAGAUCAAGAGUUAAAAAAAGCUAAAGCCGUUAAGCAGGAGAUGAUGAUUGAAGAUAACCUCCUAAAACUAGAAUUGAAACGCCUUCAAGAUACUCUGUGUAGUAAGACAGAGCAAGUUCUAACACUGGAAAAACAAAAAUUGGAGAUAAACAAAGCCAUAGCAGAAAGAACUGAGGAAAUUAAGGUUCAUAAGGCAAUGCUGGAUUCCCAGAUCAGACUUGUGGAUCAGGAACGGCAACGCAUAAGUGCUGAAUUUCAAGAUCGCCUAAAUAAAAUCGAUAAAUUGAGAUGCAGAUAUGAAGUUCUUACUGUUGUCAUGAUGCCACCUGAAGGAGAAGAGGAGAAAACUCAGACCUACUAUGUAAUUAAGGCUGCACAGGAAAAGGAGGCCCUUCGACGUGAAGGUGAUGAUUUAGAUGCAAAGAUCUGCAAAGCUGAAAAUGAAAUUGUAGCUCUGGAAAACACACUGCGCAUACUUAAUAACUGCAACAGCAAUUACCGAAACUCUUUCAAAGAAGUCACCGAGACAAGCGAGGAGUAUGAAGAAAAACUGAAACUAGAAGAGGAGAAAAGGGCUGCUGAUGAAAAAUACAGAUAUAAACGAAGACAGAUCAAGGAACUUCAGGAAAACCUCCAGAGCUUGGAAAAAAAUUUGGAUAUACUACUGAAGCAGGAGGCCUUAUUGCAAGAGCAAAAGAAGGAAAAACAAGCCGUUAUAUUGCAGCUGAACAAAGACAUAGAAGAACAAAAGCCAAAACUAGAAAGGGUUAUCAAACAGUGUUCCAGGCUAUCCAGAGAAAUUCAAUCGUUAAAGAAAACUAAAACAGAAACACAGGAAGAAAGAGACAUUGAUCUUCGUGCCUUGAAAAGCUUCAACAAAACCAUCAACAAAUUGUUAGCUGAUGUUCUAGAAGCAAAUCCUGAUUUAACUACAUCCUUUCAGAAGUACUUUCACCAGUUCAAUUUAGAGCUGCCUACAACCGCUUCUGUUGGUGGUAGUCAAAGUUCCCGAUCACCAUCCACACAAAGCUUACAAAGCUCACUAGCUUCUAGCAGAUCCUCCAGAAGCACAAGUUCAGGCUCUAGUCAGACUUCAUUGCUCAAAGUCAUAGAUCUGAGCUUAUCUGUCGACACUCCUGCAGAAGCAGCUGCUGCCAGUUCACAGCCAUCCAGCAGAACUAGCAACUCUGACAGUUAUAACCACAAAAGAAGUCCUAAAUAAUCUUCUGAAGGUGACAGUGAAGGCUUUACACUAUUUAAGGCUUCGAAAUUGGUUAAGUUGCAGCUUAAUUUAUACAGGUCUACUGGCAAUCGUAGCACUUCUAUCUGAAACAUAUGUUUUAACUUCCAUCUAAAGUAUGCAAUAUGUUAUUUAAGAGAAAUUUUAAGCAUAUAUUUUACAUAAUAAAUUAAUCUGUAAA